AUGACUUCCCCUACGACGCCUCGUCCGGCUGGUGCCCCGACUCUAGACCAGCCUAGGCACGUCGAGGAUGCUACCACCCCCACCAGAGCCUCCUUCAAAGCCUCUCUUUCCGCGCAAAAACCCCUCCCGUCGUCGCCUUUCCCACAGGCUGUCCAAGUCCCCAACUCCGCCCCGCCCGGCAGCCAGUUCCACGAAAGAGAGGGAUCUACGCAAGCGAAGAGCGAAGACAUCGAGAUGGAGGGCACAUCCUCGGGCCCUACUGACCCUUCGAUGGCCGGAACUGAAAGCAUCGAAGAGGAGCCAUGCUCUGACGAUGAAGAGAGCGUAAACGCAGAUGGCUCCAAAUUGGACAACCUCCGUCAACAUGCCCAGACCGUACAUAUUAACGAAGACAUCCCCAUCGACUCUCUUGCUGCGACCGGCUCUAGGUACCAGCGACAAAUUCGCACCGACAGAGUCCGCCCGACGGGCCGCGCGAGGGCAUCGACCGCUGGUAGCGUUGGGGGUCCCAUCCGUGGACAUUCCAAGAGCCUAUCGACGUCAAGCAUCACGAGCAUGAGCUCCGUCGGGUCCGUUUAUAACGUGCUAGACGAUUCCAGGCGACGACCACCCCACUUGUUAUGGCUGACCACAGGCCGAGGAUAUCCAUGGAUUCAUACGCCAGCACAAACGAUGGCUCUUACGCCUCGUACCGCCACCCUCCCCAGGCGACUUCAGCACCCCAACCUCGGCGACAUUUUCCACGAAUCAAAUCGAAGGGACUCCAUCUCCACGACUGCCUCUACUACCGACGAUGCGUGGCGACGACGAACUUGGCAUCCGGAUUCGCGGAACUUCGUCCCUCCCACAAACACCCUCAACAGCGUCGCCAAUUCUGAUAACGCUCAGCUGAAUCCUCCCGCACCCAUGACAAAUGGACCGCCAAACCGCAACUCGAACAUUCGUCUCCCCGGCAUCGAGUCUUUCGAUAGCGUUGCUCACCCCGUGACCCCGCCCAGGCGACCUGCCUCGCCGAUGAUGGUUGAUGCCGAGAUGGUCAGCCCUCAGCAUCCGGAUGACGAAAGGAGGAAUCAUAGUCAAUGGGACAUGGGGCUUCAUCGUGGACUUACUCGCCUCGACAUUUCCAAACACAACACACCACCAAAUGAUAGUGCUGGCGCCUGGGCGAACGAGACCGAGCGCGCAAUGCAGGCACAGGCGGAGCAAGCUCGCGCCCAUCCCCCAACAGUCCGCUUCCAGGUUGAACCGCAACCCAUGGCGCCCUUGCCACCCCGCGCAGCCCCUCGAGGCUACCACCAACAUACUCUAUCGGCACCGUCCAUCACCACUGCCCGUGAGUCCAAACGACAUGGUUGGUACCAUGGCCCGAUGAACACUCAUAGCGAGGCUCCUGAACUUCAUGCCGAACCGCGGCAGCCAAGAGUCGAUCGUAUGGUUCACCCCAAUAUCGCAGCCUUCUCCGGCGGGAAAGAGGUGGCCGGUCGGCUAUUCCUCGGCCGAUCGUUUGAUCCAUUCAAGGGAGGCAAGGUCCUGGAUGCGUGCACCAUUAAGCCCCCCGACCAAGCCGUCCGGGGCCGUCUCAGCGCCAUUCGCGUCGUCGCAAUGUCCGCCACCAACGAUGCAAACGCGACCGAAGUGCGCGAGACCAUCGAGGCGAAGCCGCCCACCGCGAUUUUACCGGCCAAAGAUGUGGAGAUGAAAGAUAUAGCAGACGAGGACGGCGAGGAAGAUGCCGAUGGCGAAGCUGACGUCGACAUGGACGCGGAAGGAGAGGACGAUGACUCAAAUCGCGACGGCGCACAGCUCGGCAAGGGCACAAGGGAGAUGCUGCAAACCAUACAGGACUUGUCGGCAUAUUUGUGCGCAUACAAGGAAGAGGGUGAUGACGAGGAAUUAGCAGUCGGCUUCCAGCGCAUCCCAAACCGGCGUGCGCUUCCCCACUACUUCGAUAUCAUCACCAAUCCGAUCGCAUUUAGUACAAUCCGGCAAAAAGCGACGCGCAAGCAGUAUGUUGCAUUCCCCGAAUUCGUCCGUGAUGUCGCCCAAAUCUUCCACAACGCGCAAGUGUUCAACCGACCUUCCGCCGGGAUCUUUGGUGCGGCCGUGAGAUUGCGAGAGAUAUUCAAGGAGCAGCUUCAAAAGUUGGUCGAUGAGGGCGUAAUCACGCAGUCCGAAGCCGAGCUUCCCGACCUUGGCGAUAUCCCAUCCGCCGACGAAUCCCCACCGCCCGAGGAGGAAGAGGAGGAAGAGGAAGAGGAAGAAGACGAGGAAGAAGAAGAAGACGGCGAUGACGACGAAGGCGCACGACGCCGCCGCAGGCGACAAUCCAAACGGCAGGACACUGGCCCCGGAGAGGGGAAAAAGAGGCGAGGCCGGCCGCCCCGUGUUCUCACCCCCAUGGAGGCACGCAUCCAGUCUGUGAUCAAGGGCCUCCGUAAGCCCAAGGAUGCUGAUGGCGAGCUUCUCAUUUUGCCAUUCGAAAAGCUUCCUGAUCGACAAGCCCUACCGGACUACUAUGAAGUCAUCUCUCAUCCCAUGGCUCUAGACAACAUCAAGAAGAAGGCGAAACGGAAGAAGUAUAGGGAUGUCGACCACGUGCUCAACGACAUAAACCUCAUGUUCGAAAACGCCAAGCAAUACAACGAAGACGGUAGCGAGCUCUUCGAAGCCGCCGUGGAGCUGCAGAAGUUUGCGCAGGAGCUCGCAGCACAAGAAAAGGGCAAGCCUGAUUCUAGUUUCCGCGAUGACGAGGGCAAGCAGCCUGUCACGGAGAUUCAAUUCAAGGGCGAAAUCUGGAGGGUAGGUGAUUGGGUGCACAUUCGAAAUCCGAAUGACCUCAGCAAGCCCAUUGUCGCGCAAAUUUAUCGGACUUGGCAAGACCCCUCGGGACAGAGCUGGAUCAACGCUUGUUGGUACUAUCGGCCAGAACAGACCGUCCAUCGUGUCGAGAAACACUUUUACGAGCACGAGGUGGUGAAGACGGGGCAGUAUCGUGAUCAUCGCGCCGACGAGAUUGUUGACCGCUACAAGGCUGUCUACGUUUGCGAGUCCCGAUAUAACGAGGAGCGGUAUACCUUUAACAAAAUCAAGACAUGGGCCAGCUGCCUCCCCGACGAGGUUCGGGAGAAAGACUACUCCAUGAACCCUUUCCAGGUUCCCAUCAAGAUGAAAAAGGUCCCAAGCCCUAUCAAGCACCUCUUGCGCCACGACGCAAGGCCCUCCGACGACCUCCCCAAACCUAGCUGGGGAAGUCCCAAUGCACCCCCAAUUGUCGGCGCCGUCCACUGUCGACCGCGGGAGCCCAAUGAAUCACCACCCCCAGGGCCAUCACCGCCACCAACUCCCGCCGCCGCCACUAUCGCGGCUGUCCGAAACAACCCAACUCCGGCGUCGCGGCCCCGCCCCAUCAAGUCGGGCGAGGUGGUCCCCCAUCGUAGGGCACAACCACCACCCUGCGCAAGGCUUUGCCAGACCUGGUGCGCCGCUACCCGUUCAGUCCCCGAUCCCCCCGCCCACUACACGCCUGGGCACUUCAAGCCUUCCACUCCGGGCCCCGCGACGCCGUCGCCCGUGCUUCGGCACAAUCAAGCAGUCCCUCUCGUGCCCGUCGGAUACCAGCAGCAGCACCCACAGCAACACCUGCAGCAACACCCGCAGCAACACCCUCAACAAGGCCACCAGCCACCUGUCGCAAUUCGGCCCAUCCAUCCUGCCCAGCACGCGCCCCCGCCGCAGCAAGGAUACCAUACGGUCUUUCACCAGCAGUACGCCGGAACCCCAAUCCAGCACCAUCCGCCACCAAUGCAACAGACCCCGGUCCCUCCCAGCUACGACGGUCACCGCGCACCCAUGCCCAUUGUGCAACCAAGACCGCCGGUCCAACCCGCUCCUGCUCCCGCCCCCGCCGCGCCCAUCGCCACCGGGGCUACCGGCCGGCCGCGGGAGGUUUUCACCCUCGGCGACGAGAAGGACGCGGCCAUCCCCGAGGAUGUCAAAAAGCUGUAUCGCCAAGACGACCAAGGCCACACCUUGUUUUGGACCGUCCCUCCAACUGUCCGAAGCAACGGGGGCCUUUCAGAAGCCAGCACUGGUCUGGGCCACAGUGUCAGGUACCUUGCCGACCUCGACGAGUGGAGAAAGGAGCGGGAGGCGAAGCGCAAGGCGCGCGACGAGAGGAUGGUGGAAGAGGCCAAGCGACGCAGAUCGGAGGAAGGGCCUUCUGUUGAUGCUGCCAGGGCCAAGGCCCUUGACGAAACCGCCGAGUAUCUCGCCAGCUUCUUCAGACAGCACGCGGACGACACGAAAAAGUUUCGCGAAGAAAGCAACCUCGACAAUGAGGUGGAUGUGAACCAUGGGCUCAUCCAAACUGUGCAGUCCACCAUUGGCCCCUCCACUCAAAAAUUCAUCUCGCAAACCAACUUCCGCAAAACUACCGAGCAUCUGGCGAGGCAUCGGAACCGCCGACAAUCAGCCAGAAUCAACCCGACCGGCGGACCUUCAUCGAAUUCCACGAUGGCAGACUCACCUCCAUCACCCGACCAAUAUCACGCAUACGCGAGCAACGGUUUGCAAGUUCUGCAAGCCGCCACAAACGCGCACCAGGCCAUUUUUCAGGACAGCCAAACGCAAGACCUGGGCGACCAACACCAUGACCUCCAGCAAGCCGCGCAGCAGGCGGCCCAGCAGCACCUACAGCAGCAGGAGCAUCAGCAGCACGACGAGCAGCAGCAGCAGCAGCAGCAGCAACAGCAUGACCACCAGCUCGAUCAGGACGUAAAAGAUAUCGCGAGCACGCUACCCGAAACUCCCGGUCACCAGCACCUCGCCAUCGCACCCAAUCCCCUCGACAGCAGUCCCGCGCGCAUCAUUGCGGAUCCCGCCGCGCUCGCAGCCGUCGCCGCCGCCGCUGGCGCGCAGGACGCGUUUGGGCACGAUGCUCUCACGCAAGAGGCCCUGGCCCACGAAGCCCUUGCCGCGCGCGCCGCCCAGGAUGGUUCGCCGUCUUCCAACCGACAGUCGCGCGAUCCAGCCGUGAAUCCAAAGUUGACGCAGUGCACAAACAAUCGUGUCGUCAAGCGUCGCGGUCCUCCAAACAAGGCAGUUGAGGCCAUCCGCCUCAAGAAGCGGCUAACCGAGGCUGCCGCACAAGACAUACUAGCCGGAGGAGCAAUCGCGCAGAUAGGGUCAUACACAAGCACCACCCCACAUUCAGCCGCUCAAGCCCUCGUUUCAAUUGCUGGAAACGAGCCCGGCGUUGGCCUUGAUGGAGAAGCCAUCGCGCCGAGGCCCAUCCUCGAGGCGCUCGUGGAUGACUUUUUCACGUAUAUACAUCCUCUUUGCCCUUUUCCUCACCAGCCUACCUUCCAAGCCGCUUUCGUCAACCGCGAUGACCGGACAGAUCCCGAGUUUUUGGCGCUCCUUGCAAGCAUGAUUGGCGCGCUCGUCUCGUCCUUCCCGCGAACCGCGCGUGCUCAUCUCAAGAGCCAGCAAAGCGUUCACAUCUUCCCUCGCGCCAUUGUCAUGAUUGAAAAAUGUCGUGAUAUCGCCCUCGAGGCCCGUGGUGCCAAGUGGUCUUCCAAGCAGCCCAAAUCGCUCAACGACGCGGCGACAAGCUACUUCCUCGCCCUCUCGGCAGGAUACACCCUUCAGUUCAACCUCUUCCGUCUUCAUCUAGCCGAGGCUCUGAGUGUGAUGAACGAGCUCGGGUUCAACAGGCCUAAGCACCCUGGCGAUCUGCCCACAUUCGGAAACGAUACGUGCGAAAGGGGCCCGGAUAAGCUGCCCUUUAAUCACAUCAAGGACCAAGUCGGCAAAAAGAUUUUCUGGUGUAUUUUCCUCGGUGUUAGGUCCCUCUUCCAGCUCGGCGCAUCACACGCCGGCCUAUUCAUCUGCCCGCCAACCCCGUCUCAGCCGUAUCCCGCGUACCCCGCGAAUGCCGACGACAAGGAUAUUCAGGCAAACGAAGUCCUAGAGCAGGAUCCCACAACCACCACGCUCAUGACAGGCUUCCGCAUCGCAGCCGACAUCUACAUGACCAUGAACGGCAUCGUCAGCGUGGAAAUGGCGUACGGCCUAGACAGUCUUAAGUGGAGCGGCCAGCGGCAGCUGAUGAAGGAGGGGCUCGCGGCGGGCGCGCCUUCCAACGUUUUCGACGAUCAGGGCCUCGAGUACGUCCCGCCCGGCAACGCAAACGCGCAAGGCCCCCACGACGUCCGCCAGUUCAUCAAGACCCAGCCUGCGCGCCGGCGGCUCCUCCAGUUGGAGAUCCAAAAGGCCAACGUCUUCACCUCCCAGCUCGCCACCCGCUCGUACUUUGUCGAGCUGUACUUUAGCCGCCGCAACCUGUACGAUCCCGAUAUCCAGCUCCUCGCGGCCAACAGCGAGGCGAGCGACGAGGAGCGCGAAGAGAUGCGCGAGGAGGAGUCAGUGCGCAUCAUGAUGACGCAGGAACGCGAUCAAAUCAUCGACGACCUCUUGCUCGUCCUGGGCGGCAUCUCUCAGCGCAACCUCGAGCCCAACGGCAAUUCCAUCAUCACCAAGAUCCGCCAGGAAGCGCUCUCGUCCCUCCUCCUCGUCCUCACCCGCCUCGAGAAGACGGGCUCGUCGGGCGCUCCCAACGAGAGCAUGACGGACCAGGAAGAGGAAGAGGAGCUGAGCCACUGGGCUUCCCUCCGCGACUACCAAAUGAGGUUUUCGGCCCACGGGGAUACGCCGGGCACAUCUAGUAGCCGGCCAACGCUCGCUGCUACGCCUUGA